UCUGAUGGUAUGGUGUACUUACAGAGAAUGCGGCUGCCACCAGCAAUCACUUAGCCGGGCCAACAAGCUUUGAGUCAGUCUUCGUCGCACUUUUGAAAACAACAGUCGCAUUUUAGCAUAUGAAACGCACAUAUUGUUUUUUCUUUGUUUUCCUAUUACAUGGUAGGUCUUUGCCACAAACGGGCUAAAUUCUGUGUGCGUGUAUAAGUGUAGGUGAUGGAAGAUUCUCGGAAUUUUAAUGGUGCUCUGACUUUUUACGGCACCAACGAGGUGCUGUUCGAAAAUUUGCUGAUGGCAAUAAAGGGUUGGUGAUUUCGACCAGUGCGUUAUGUCUGAUGAUUACAUCUAUUCAUUAAUUUUUUUUGUAUGUGCACGUGCGCAUAGAUAUAUAAAAUGUGACAAUAGACCGGUUUUGCAUUUGAAAUUUUGGUAGCGUAUUGCAAUCAGUGAAUUAUAAAAGUUUCAAAUGUUAUGGAAAGUGAAAACCAGACUAUGUUCCAGCAUAAACAAUCAGAAGAUAAAUCCGCCAGAGUACUGUUCAACACAUAAACAGAGAAAGAACUUUUACAUUUUGAAUAUGCGCAAAAAAGCCAUUUCUAAUCAAAACUUCUCCAAAGUCAAUGGAUUUAAACGGGAACGUCACGGAACUGAUAUAAUGGGAGUGAAUAGAGUAUAAAAUAGUACAAUGGUCAAUUUUACUACGAAAACAACAACUUCUAGUUGGCAGAGUUUCUCUUUUGUUUACCAUUGCAAGCAAACAAAAGACCAUACAAGAAAAUUGAAGCAAGCAAACAUUGUGCGAAUAGCAUCAAAUGGAAAGCCCAACAGACAAAACGAACAGUGAUGGAUCCGUGAUACAAGUGAGGGGUACAUAAUGGCAGGUAGAGGUGCAUUUUAUGGUCGGAGGAAAUAGGCAAGCAAAGUACUCGUAUCCAACUCAAGAAUGUAAACGUCAUACAUACACGAAGCAGCGCGAAAAGGAAGUACUUAAUGCUAGGGUUAGUGCAAUGACUUUCAGUUCAAAAGACAAAACUACCAAAAUAAGAUAAUAUAAACACAGGACUGAUUACACUUAAAUGUAAGAGAAUAAACGAAAAUUUCAGACAAAUUUGAAAAUUCGUUCAAAAACAGUGUUCAGAUUAAUUAUCGCCUAGCUUCCACGGGGAUCAGUUGAAAAAUCUAAUAUUCAGAGUAGGAAAAUAUGUUUAUGCUAGCACCGCAAACAUUCACACCACAGGCGCUGAUCAAAAAAUUUAGUAGUAUAUGUAAGUGAGACACAGGGCCACCACUAUGAACUUCCCAACUACGCUCCAAAGACAAAGUUUGAAUAAGGAAUACCCAGAGCCACAGGCUUCCAAUAUGAGGUAUCCGGCCAGGGCACCGUCACCGCAGCAACAAGCAUAUUCCUCUGGCUAUGGCAAUUUUGGCGAUCCGGCACGUUUCAAUGUUUCACCCCAAGCAAUGCACCAGCAACAUUACUCAGCUGAGCAGCUACAGUAUCACCAACAACAACAACAUCUUCAAUAUAAUAACAUUUUUAACAGUAGGCUAAUUAGUGAUGGCACCAAUAAUAAUGUGUCCAGUGGACCAGUUUCGAGUAUUUACAGUAAUCGAGCACGGUACUUGCCUUAUGCGUAUAGUUUACCGCAGCAUUCAAUGCGGGGCAUGUAUACACCAGCUGGACAGCAAUUGAUACCAUCCAGCGUUUUGCAUUACCCGCCCCGUAGUGAUGCCUAUCAACCAAACACAAUGGCAUUGCAGCAGCAGCGUUCUGUAUUGACACAACAAUAUUCUUCGGCGCUACACACCCAACCGCAACUUCAACCACAUUUACGGCAACAGCAGCAACCGUCAUCGCAAGCUCAGCUGUCACAUCACCAAACCUCAUUUGGAGCCAAUGAAUCGCAAAUGCCACAAUAUGCUGAUGCCCUCAAUACAACACAGCCAACUUACAAACAAGUAACAGGACCAACGCCGCAUUUGUUGAUGCAUUUAAAUGGCAGUAGGUCCCCACCUGCAACGCCAAUAUCUCCACCAUCUCCAGCUGCCACGCAGACCGCACGAAGCGAGUCUAGGCCGCCGUCAGCUGAUUGCAAUACUUAUUUACAGUUAAAAAACCGGUACCGGCAGUCCCUCAGUUCGCCCAUCCACGCUCACACAUUAUCCAACGAAGAAUUGCUUUCAGCAAAUAUGUCAAAAUCUCAACAGAGCGCACCACCCUCCCAGCGAUUGCCUAGUUUGAAAAUUCAAUCUACAUCCUGCACAUCUUCCGAAUUGACAACAAUGAGUGAAGACGCACAAGCUAGCCCACGAGAUUGCCAUGAGGAUAAGCAUCUUCAAACUAGUACGUCACAUUCUGUCAGCAAUAAUAACGGGACAGUCACACCUCGACAAACGGCUAGUAGAGAAUGUUUGACCACUUCACCGCCAUUAAUAAGCGCCACUGGCACGGAUAGUGGUAUCAGCAUCAGCAGCGGCAGUACUCGCGCCCGCAGCGAUAGCACACAAAGUACGCCAGUCUACAACGGUGAAUAUCCAAUGUCGGUGGGCUCAUCUUCGGGAGUGUCAUACCAAUGCGCGGAUAUAAAGGAUUUCGAAGAUUUUAGCAAAGAAAAGGAAGAAAAUGCAGCCUAUGCGCCUCCCAACGAAAAUGAAUUUUUAAAAUGCAAUCAUGAAAUCGUUGAAGAUGACAUUAAUAUGAGAAAUUCAGUGCCCGGUGGAAAAGAUGAGAAAAACUCAACCAAUACGAAAGAGCAAGACAUAGAUCGAGAGCUUAUGAAUGAUAGAAACGUGUUUGGGGAAACGAAACUAUGUGAUGGUAAAGCAGAAGAAUUAGAUAAUUCGACCACACUUUUGGUAUCGACAAAAUCUUUUCAAAUUGAGUCAGCAGAAACUCAAAAUAAUGGAGAGGAGCCGUCAGAUGCCACUCGCACAAAAAAAGCUUUUCAUGAGCUAGCUUUAAAUGCACAGGAGGCAGCUCCCCGAAAUAUAGAAAUUAAAAGUGACUCUAAAGAAUGUAAGGAGCAUUCUAUCCACCAACACCAAACUCAGAAGCAACAGAGGGAAAAUCUUCACGCUACAGGAGAAAUUAGAGAGGGCAAAGCUUUGAGUAACAAUAACAAACGGACCCCGUCACCAACAACGCCACAAAGUCAUCCACAUUUGGGGCCUACAGCGUUUCAAGAACAUGAGUUAUCAUCUCCACCCGUGCCACCAGCUCCACCGCAAAAUUCACCCAUCGAUUAUUGUCGAACAACCAGUAUCUCAAACAUGAGUGCAUUUGCUUAUGUAUCACCAUCAACGACGCAAUUAAAAGCUCCGACGUCAGCGGCUGCUGCAGCGGCAGCGGCUGCAGUUGCGGCGGCGGCCGCAGCAGCUGCUGCGUCAAUACGCACGAACAAAAAUCGCAUUAUGGAAUGUGACCUCAUACCAAGCAGAAAAUCGAAACGGAAAUCGAACCCCAUUUCGGGAAAGUGGCAAAAAGACAAUGUGGGAGGCGAAGCGAGCGACAGUACGAGGGAGAAGAGGGAUAUGACUCCUCUGCCUGGAUUCCAACAAGCCUUUGGUUCCACUGAAAUCGGUCGAUUUUUCGAGACAUUUCUAUUGAGUCCGCCGGACUGUCAGAGCUUCAAUGACAACUACGAGCCUUUAGAUGUCGAGGAACCAUGGCAACCAGUUCACCAACAUCAGCAACAACAGCAAUACCAAUCACAAAUUAAACAGGAUCAGGAACCACAUGAACUUAAUCAGUUACAACAAUACAAGCAACAACAGCAGCAACAACAACAACAAUAUGCACAACAAGAGUAUAUUAAUCGGAGAUAUGCAGAUAAUAAUUACCAAUCGCUUCAUCAACGACUGUAUCCCCACUAUCCACAUCCGCCACUACAUCCCUCUCACCCGUACCACCGAGGGCAGUCGUACCCAUUCCCCAUCAGUGCUAACAGUAAUCACCGCGAUGUGUGGAUGUACGGCCGCCACGCCCUCAAUCCUUAUGUGAUGCCUUUGGAAUAUGGUGCUGCCAGAUCGGCAAGCAGCUCGCCCUCGUCGCCUUAUCAAAUGCCUUUCAAUUUGAGAUCAGGUUACGGCUCCGCAUACGAUGGGAGAGGUUACAGUUAUGGGCGUAUGAAUGGUAGUUACAGUGGAAUACGAUGUAACGGUUAUUAAAAUAAAUUGGUAUCGUAUGUUUUAUGUGAGGAAAAAAUCGUUAAAAAUAAUUACAGAGAAAUUAAAAAUUAAAAA